CCGGGCCGGGCGGGCUGGCGGGCGCGGCACCUGCAGCCGCGCGGGGGCGGGAGCCAGGUGGCCUCGGCGCGCGGGUCUCGCUCGGCACCGAGCAGGAAGUGGCUGCGGUGCGGCCCGGGCGCGGCCUUCUCGCGGUGCAGCCCGGCCGGUAGGCGGCCGCGGCCAGAGCGCCAGGAGCUAGACCUCAUGGCGGGGCCCGCGGACGCCGCCUCGGCCGCCCUGGACGAGCUGUCCCUGAACUUCACGUACUGGGUGCCGGGCGCCGGCAACGGCUCCCUGUCGGGCGCGUGGUACCGCAGGAACCAGAUUCACCUUUUGGGAGUUUUGCUGGCCAUUUUAGGAAAUUUGGUAAUAAGCAUUUCCCUCAAUAUUCAGAAAUAUUCUCAUCUUCAGCUGGCACAGCAAGAGCACCCAAGGCCAUACUUCAAGAGCAUGCUAUGGUGGGGUGGGGUCAUACUGAUGGCCGUGGGAGAGACAGGGAACUUUGCAGCCUAUGGAUUCGCCCCCAUUACUCUCAUCGCCCCAUUAGGAUGUAUGUCUGUUACAGGUAGUGCCAUUAUUUCUGUUACAUUUCUGAAAGAAAAUUUGAGAGCCUCAGAUUUACUAGGUACAACAUUGGCAUUUGCAGGAAUAUAUUUAUUGGUGAACUUUGCUCCAAAUAUAACUCAGGCCAUCUCAGCAAGAACAGUACAGUAUUACUUUGUUGGCUGGAAGUUCCUGAUCUAUGUGAUUUUAGAAAUCCUAAUUUUCUGCAUUCUCCUAUAUUGCCAUAAAAGAAAAGGAAUGAAGCACAUAGUGAUUCUGUUAACCCUGGUGGCACUUCUAGCCUCAUUGACUGUUAUUUCAGUAAAAGCUGUCUCAGGCAUGAUCACUUUUUCUGUGAUGGAUAAAAUGCAACUAACUUAUCCCAUCUUCUAUAUCAUGUUUAUCAUCAUGAUAGCGUCUUGUGUUUUCCAAGUCAAGUUCCUGAGUCAAGCCACGAAGCUCUACAAUGCAACAACGGUGGUGCCAGCUAACCACGUCUUGUUUACAACUAGUGCCGUUAUUGCAGGUAUCAUAUUUUAUCAGGAAUUCCUUGGUGCAGCUUUUCUGACUGUGUUUAUCUAUCUUUUUGGGUGUUUUCUUUCAUUCCUUGGUGUCUUUUUGGUCACAAGAAAUCGAGAAAAGGAACAUCUGCAACAGUCUUAUAUUGAUUUUGGGAAUAUUCCUGGGAAACAAAUGCUGGACAAAAUACAACCAGAUUCCAAUAGCUUAUCCUAUGGAACUUUGCCUGAUGGAAGCGACUCAGCAAAGAGCCAAAGUGGAGAGAAGAAAGAGGUCUAAGUGCCGGGAGGGACACUGUCAGCCUGUCACUCAAUACCAUGGCUCAACAGAGUAGGGCACUGGCCCCAUAUGCCGGAGGUGGCGGGUUCAAACCCAGCCCCGGCCAAAAACUGCAAACAAAAAAACAAAACCUUGUGUUCAAUUGGUGUCAACAGCUCUUUUAAACUGAUAGGCGCUAGCAUUCAUUUCCUCCUACCCCCACCUCCGUGUCUAGAACAGUCAGGUCUCCUGAGCUUUGGCAGGCUAAUGCUAUCCUGGAAUGUAACCUGACGUGCUUCCCACACCCUGGACCUCCCCCUCGUGAUCAUCUCACCGGCUGGGACUUCGUGAGGGCCUGGCUGCUCCAGCUGGAAUGUUGCACUAAGACGUACAUUGCGAUUUGGUCAGAGAACACAUGGGUUGCUUCUCCCACAUGGCUUAUGGUUCCUUUGCUUUAAAGAGAUGCUUAGCCCCACAGUCUUGCUUCUGAAAGGAAGGUUGGAGAACAUGCGUUUUUUCCUAAGACAACUUUAAUGAGCCUCCCCAUAAAAAUCUCACCUUACUAGUCCUAAAUUAGAAUGGCGAAUCAUCUUUUCUGAAAACGAGUGCUAUUAAAAUCCAUUUUUGAAAAUGUAAGGGUUUCUUUGAAAUUUAAAAAUGGCAUUCUAUGAUGGUGUAUACCAAAACUAAAAGACUUAGCUGGUGGGCUUUUUAAGUGUAAGAAAGAGAAGUUUAAGAAUUAGGGCUGUGCUUGCUUCAGCAGCACAUAUACUAAAAUUGGAGCCAUGCAGACAGUGUGGCCCCUGUGCAGGGAUGACACGUAAAUUCAUGAACCAUCAGGGAGAAAAAAGCAUUAAGACCAAAGUUUAUUUUUUAAUAAAAAUAUAGAAUGGUGAUAUUGUCUUCAGCUAUAUGAUUCUCUUUUACUUGAAUGGAGACUGAAGAAAAACUUCAUAUCCUAUGCGUUUAUUUCUUAUUUGUUAUAGGUCUUAUAAUUUUUCAAGUGAGUUUAUAUGUUCUAACUCUCAAUGUCAGUCUCAAAAAUCAUAUUUAAAUUCUUAGUGAUAUUUCUCAUUAUACCCCAUUUCUUCCCCAAGUCGUUUCCUCAAGGUUUGUAAAUUCUAGGAGAAAGGAGAGUUACCAUUAGAGAGCCAGAGCUCAGCCAUUUCAGUCUGCCCACAGAGGCUCGGCGCCUGUAGCUCAGUGAGUAGGGUGCCGGCCACAUACACCAAAGGUGGCCGGUUUGAGCCCGGCCCGGGCCUGCUAAACAACAAUGACAACUGCAACCAAAAAAGGCAUUGUGGCCGGCACCUGUAGUGCCAGCUACUCGGGAGGCUAAGGCAAGAGAAUUGCUUAAGCCCAAGAGUUUGAGGUUGCCGAGCUGUGAUGCUACAGCACUCUACUGAGGGCAACAUAGUGAGACUCUGUCUCACAAAAUAAAUAAAUAAUAAAUCUGCACACAGAGAACACAGCUGGAUGGGGAGACCUGAGCUUCAAUUGGAAGCCUAGGCACUCCUGUGCCCCAAACAGCUUUUCUGCUGCAAUUAAUCAUGUAUCUACUAAGAUAUAUUUGCAGGUGAAAUCCAUAAUAAUGUCUGUUAUUUAUGAUCUACCUAACAUUUAAAUAGGAAGAAAAGAGGUAACCUUCACUGUAACCCAUAUCAAAUAAUAAGCCCUAUCCUUAAUGACAUUUCAAAACUUCUGAUCAGUUCUGAUGCUUACAUCUUAUUGCUCCAGCCAAUCAUCUUGUGCUUGUGUAGGUCACCUCAGAGCUACAGAGUCUGUAAUCUUAACACUUUUGGGUCUCUUAGCUUUAUUCUUUGUCACAGCCUAUACCCUGACCAGACCAGCUGCAAAGGAGAGAGAUUCACAUUCAUCACCAAUGUAUGAAAAAUAACCCAGCGUCCAUGUCUGGCUCCUAAAUUCCUAGUAACAAUUCCUACCUUUGUGGAAAAUGUCACGUUCAUUCAGAUAAAACAGGCAUAUCACGUAUGGCUUGUUUUACUGAGUUGGUCCAGCAUGUUGGCACUGGAAGCUCAGCUAAGAAAUGUGUCUGGUGCCUUAAACAACAGAUUUCUGUUAACUUUUAAAAUUGGUUUCGAAGAUUGAGAAAACAAUUAGACUGAAGAGUUUUGCUUCAAGGAGGCCUACUUGUGUAGCUACAGGGCCUGGUUUUGAGCAUCGAUGAAUUUUACACAGACACAGUUAUAAUGCAGGUACCUUAGAGCCCACCAAAUUUGCAUCUAUUAAAAGUUUUGAGAAAUGGGCUCAGUGCCUGUGGCUCAAGUGGCUAAAGCGCCAGCCACAUACACUUGAGCUGGCGGGUUCAAAUCCAGCCUGGGCCCGCCAAACAACAAUGAUGGCUGCAACCAAAAAAUAGCCGGGCGUUAUGGUACCCAGGGCGACAGCUUGAGGCUCUGUCUCAAAAAAAAAAAAAGUUUUGAGAAACGACAUUCACUUGUACACAUGUUAACAAUUCAGUGAUGCUUUAGAAGCUUAGGUGACAUAUAAAAUAUAUUCAGACAUAAUUUUACUUUCCAUAUCGCUGUUCCAAAGUAAGGGGAAAGGAGUUUCCGUUUACUGCCUAACAACUAAACCCAAGCUGGACCUCCACUUCGUGUUGUGAUUUGGGGACCUUUAGCUAACCUUUGGCUCAUCUGACAAUUUGUCUAAACCAGGGCUUGGCAAAGUUUUUGGUAAAGACUUCAAGAGUAAAUAUUUCAGGAGUUGUGUUAUCCAUGUGGUGUUUGUCACCUGUGUCAUCAUGGUGCAUAUGGUCAUGGAAAGCAGACAUACACAAUAUGGAAACAAAUGUGCCUAUCUGUGUCCUAGUGAAACUUUAUUUACAAAAACAGGUGGCCAGUCUAUGAGCUGUAGUCUUCCAACCCCUGGGCUGGACACUUCUGCCCUUGCGAUACAGCUUCUUUUCCUGUUGCUAGAACAUUCAAGAGUUUAAAAAGUGAUACUUCCUGGUUCAUGACAAAACACGAUCUAUGGGAGUGUGGAACCAUGUUUUGAUAUUUACAUUCAGAUCUUUUUGCUCAAAUAAAUUAUAAAUGGAAGUGAUGAGUUCAUUCUUGGGGUCCAUGUUUCUCUCUUUCAAAAUCAGUGGCUCUUUUGUGAACAUCACUAACUAUACGGCAAGAGCCUCACCAAUCCCACACUGUGAGUUGAUAAUAGCUUUGGAAAUGAGUAACGAUCACUUUUCAUGGAGUAGAUUAAAAGCAGAGGCCUUUACCCUCUGAUUGUUUUCCAGCUUAAAUGUUUGCUUGCCCUGUCACUAUAAUACUUUCAUUUCAUUCUGUUUUCAUUCAGAAGCUCUUGAAAACAAAUACAAUAAAAGAAUUUCUUAAGCA